GUCAGCGGCCCCCGCCACCAAAACUUGGAGCAAAAGUUCGAUCAACUCCCCCCCCCCCACAACACACACCCUCUCCUCCCUCUCCCCCCAACACACACCCUCUCCUUCCUCCCCCCCCCAGGCCCUGAUGUAAACUGAUCCGAGUUGUCCCGGGGGCGAGCUCCUGGCUGCUUUUGUGGUUUAAGGCCCCCCCGCCCCCCUUCUUGCUCCUGAACGCCAAAACUUCGGAGCCGCGGUCAUGGGGCGAGCCGAGGAGCUGGUGAGGAUUGCAAAGAAGCUGGAUAAGAUGGUGACCAGGAAGAACACAGACGGAGCUCUUGAUCUGCUGAAAGAACUGAACGGCUACACUAUGACCAUCGAGCUGCUGCAGUCCACAAGAAUCGGCGUGGCCGUGAACACUGUCCGGAAGCAGUGCUCGGACGAAGAGGUGGUGGCCCUGGCGAAAAUCCUCAUCAAGAACUGGAAACGGCUGCUAGAGUCCUCGGGGACCCCGAAGAGAGAGAAGGCCCUGGAAGGGCAAAAGAAUAAAAAAGAAAAAAGUCUCGACUUUCCCAGCUGGCAGCCUGAAGGGGUGAAUUCCCAUCCAGUGAAAUGCUGCAAAAUCCCAGCUGAGAAGCACAAGGAAAAGCACAAAGAAAGAGACUUUCCCAAUCAUAAGGCAGUGGGCCCUCUUCCUGGCUUGAAGAAACAUUCAUCGGAUCAGAAACAGGACAGGAAAUCCAGCAAGUCCGGCUCUCACACAGCAACCCCAAAGAGUCAUUCUGCAGACUCCAAGCCAGACAGGGAGACCAGCGACUGCAGAGCCCUUCCCGCCACCUCUAAAAAGUCGCACUUGGACGGCAAGAAAGAGAGGAGAGACUCUACAGACUCAAGAUCUUCCACCAUCACCGCUUCCUCCUCCUCUUCCUCCCCUCAGAAGAAACCAUCGGUGGAAAGGAGGCCCUCUACAGGCUCCAACCCAGCAGCCUCUCCCCCCGGCUCUUGGAAGAACUCCAGUGAUGGCAAAGAGGAAAGACCCAACAGUGCCAAAUCCAAACCCGAGACCCCCAAGACUCCCAGCAGCCCCUCGAGCCCCACGUUCGCACCGACCAUCUGCUUCCUGGCGUCCUGCUACCUCACGGGAGACUCGGUCCGGGAUAAGUGCGUUGAGAUGAUCUCGGCUGCCCUGAAAAUGGAUGAUGAUUACAAACAGUUUGGAGUCAACUGUGACAAGAUGGCCUCUGAAAUCGAAGAUCAUAUCUUCCAGGAGCUGAAGAGCACCGACAUGAAGUACCGCAACCGUGUGAGGAGCAGGAUCAGUAACCUGAAGGACCCCAAGAACCCCAACCUGCGGAGCAAUGUGCUGAAUGGCGCCAUCUCCCCCAGCCUCAUUGCUAGGAUGACGGCAGAGGAAAUGGCGAGUGAUGAACUGAAGGAGCUGAGGAACGCCAUGACCCUAGAAGCCAUCCGGGAGCAUCAGAUGGCGAAGACCGGGGGCACCACCACGGACCUUUUCCAGUGCGGCAAGUGCAAGAAGAAGAAUUGCACUUACAACCAGGUCCAGACGCGUAGCGCCGACGAACCCAUGACAACGUUCGUGCUGUGUAACGAGUGUGGGAACCGCUGGAAGUUCUGCUGAGGCCGCUCCUGUUUGCACCCGGGCCACCCGCGGAGACCAUGCAGCUGGAUGGCAAAGGAGAAUCUCUGACCAUCCAAAUUUGAAACUGGGGGGAGGGGGGAGGAAGGGAGGGGACGGGAGGGGAAGGGAAGGGAACUAACCUGUUGAGAGAGGAGCUGAAAGUCCCUCCCUGUUGGCUCCCGAUAAUGUAAUGAGGAUUCACUCACUAGCUAGAGGGAGGGAUUGUUUGGCGUUAGGGGUACCCGAGCCUCAAGCACAGAAGGUGCGAUGCCAGGGUGCCAGCCCCUAGGAGACUCCUCUUUUUUUGAUGUCUAUAUUUUGACUAGAGUGAUCAUUGGAGCCCUAGCCUGGAAGGACCUGCUGGGUCAUUCUAGUCCAUCUCCCUGGAGGAAGCAGUGGGUGUGUGGAGCAUGAUGGAGCCCAGGGGAAAUCUGCCCUGCCAGAGGUUUUGGGGUGCUGUUCUUCGAGCUCACAGGAAGUAGCCUAGCAGCAGCCGAGGUACCCAGCCCAGUCGCACGUGCUUGUCCCUUUCAUUGGGCAGGUUAAGCUGACCCGUUUGUUUUUAUGAACUGGGUGAUCCCUGAAUCUCGGCGGCCUGCCUCUGGCGAAUCUCCCUGUUACGCACGGGAGCGUGGCUUUCCAAAUCCUAGGCAGCAUUUGCUUUCGGAGGCAAAGGCUUCCUACCGUCCCCCGCCCAGGGCAUUCCACAGGCCGGUGUGUCUCAGAUCGUCAUUCCUGGAGUGAAGACUCCCGUCUAACCCACUCUGCCCGCUCCGAUCUCGAAGGCAGCUCUCCAGGGCUGUGUCGGCAUCAGUCCUCGCACAAGCCACCAGGGGGCACCGAAAGCCCCUUGCACUCUGCCCUUGACAGCACCCUGGGGAUGCUCCCGCUCCAGGGACGUAGCAGGUGAAGUCCUGCUGGCUGACACCCAGGUCCCUGGGCUGCAAUGAAGUGCUGCCAGGGGUGUGCUUGGCUUCUGGCAUUUGUUUUGCACGGAUGUAUGUGUAACCGGCUGCUGGGAGGGCUGGUCUCCUAACGGAUGGCGUUUCGGCUCCGGGAUGGGGGAAGUACCAUGAGAAGAGACCAGUUCUCCCCUUAUUGCAGCCCCAUUAUAAAGGGCUG